GGGCCCCCCACAAAUUCUUGCAAACCAACGCCCCUGGAAAGCCGGACAUCGCUUGGAAAGUUGGUCUACAGAAGCGAAAUAGGGGCUUAACUAACCUUAGCUUUGUCGUGUUACAUUGGCGGUAUCUUGUGCUUAAGGACAGCUAUUUGGUCAAGGUUUUCCAUAAAUUCCCCACUCUUCCAGCCUUGUGCUGAACUCUAAGCUCCACAGCCAUGCAGACAAUAAAAUGUGUAGUUGUUGGUGAUGGCGCUGUUGGUAAAACCUGUUUACUUAUAUCUUAUACGACGAACAAAUUUCCAAGUGAAUAUGUACCAACGGUAUUUGAUAAUUAUGCAGUUACAGUAAUGAUUGGAGGAGAGCCAUACACAUUAGGAUUAUUUGAUACAGCAGGUCAAGAGGAUUAUGAUCGACUAAGACCCCUUUCAUAUCCACAAACAGAUGUAUUCCUUGUCUGUUUUUCUGUAGUAUCACCAUCAUCAUUCGAAAACGUAAAAGAAAAGUGGGUUCCAGAAAUUACACAUCACUGCCCAAAGACACCUUUCCUCUUGGUCGGUACCCAAGUUGAUCUACGUGAUGAUCAAGGGACAAUAGAGAAGCUGUCUAAAAAUAAACAAAAGCCCAUCGCAGUCGAAGCUGCAGAGAAGCUUGCAAGAGAGCUCAGAGCGGUGAAGUAUGUUGAGUGCUCGGCUUUAACACAAAAAGGCCUUAAAAACGUGUUUGAUGAAGCAAUUCUGGCAGCAUUAGAACCCCCAGAGCCUCAAAAGAAGAAGAAGUGCCGGCUUCUUUAGUGUUGCAGCAUUUAAUAAUGAACUGGACAUUAUAUAUGCUAUGCUUCAUGGGUAUCGCACAUAUAGUAGUACACCCACGAAGUACUAUCCUAACUGGGGUUUGUCUCCAGAUCAAAAAAAGUUCCAACAUAUGUAUGGAGGGGCACAAUCUAAUGAAAGAAAUUGAAACAAAAAGAAUCUCAACCUUGACAUAGAAGCUCUUUUGUAAGAUAGAUCCUGCCACAAAAUUUACAGUACUUGUAUUCUUGCUGGAUAGAAUAUAAGUUCACAGUGUUAGAUGCUGUGGCAUUGACAUGAACACCUUAUCACAGGAAAUUGUUAAGAAGUGCAUUUAAUUGGUCACAAUUUUCCUUUGAAAACAAUAUGUAGGCAGUGUCCUAUUUUAUUUUCUAAACAACUCAGGAAAAGAAUAAAAUGUGACAGCCUAUUAAGCAUAGACAUGUCAGUGAUUCUAUGAUAUUGAAUUGAGUGUUGUUUGAAUUUCUAUUUUAUAGUAUGCUUUCAAGAGACCAUAGCUGAAAAUCUUUAUUCUUUGUAUUGUUCUUUAUUCACCAACAAAAAAAUAUGUAGCAUUUGAAUUUCAAAUGAAAAUCUACCAUGUUUGAAUGUCGCUUAAAGGUCAAAAUCAAAUGUGUACAUUGUACUGAUUAAAAAAAGCUUAAUUCUGUUAAAUAAUGUACUGUCUUCUAAUCAAAGUUUUAUUAAAGAUGUUCCAAGGA